UCGGUCACACUUCUUGAAACUAUAUUUAUGUGGACAUAUACGCCCAAAGCAACAGUAUCUGGUCAUCGCUGACAAGUCUAAUCAUUCGCGCUAUAGCUUGCAAUAAAAACAACUAACUAUAUAUAAAUAUUUUAUAAGUAUACUUCGGGAUAUCUUUAAGGAUGUGGUCGAACAGAGGAUCUGCACUGCGUAAGAGAGGACUUUUCACGGACAUUACUGUCCGAAUCGGAGAUUCCGCAUUCCAAUGCCACAAGAUAGUUUUGGCGACGGCAUCCGAGUAUUUUGAAAUAUUAUUACAGAAAGACGGUUUAGAUACGGGCGAAGUGAAACUGCAGGAAAUACAUCCAAAAGUUUUUGAAAUAUUUCUUGAUUUCAUAUACACAAAAGAUAAAGGCCCAUUGCUGCAAAUCAACGCGGCCUCAUUGCUGUCCCUUUUCAAGUGCGCAAAUAUGUGGCUGGCGCGCGAGGUUCAGCAAGUGUGCGAAUCAAUUCUAGCAGGAAGAAGCAUGGAACCCAAGGAACUGAUACAACUGUAUGCCCUAUCAUUUCUUCUGGACAACAAAUCGUUAAAGGCGCACGCCCUAAAGCUAUUAAGAAGCGGCAACAACAUGGAUUGUCCGGAAGUUGUGGAAUUGGAAAUAGACUGCUUUGUGGAGUAUUUUUUCGGCACGAACGGGUUGGAGCAAUGGAAGCGCUUUAAUAUGUUAGAUAAGUGGUUAGAAAAACAUAUUCCCCAGGAGCGGAGGGACCAAUGGAAGCGCUGUAAUAUGAUAGAUAAGUGUUUACAAGCGCCUAAUCCACAAGAACGUAGGCUUGUAGUCACGCUCAAUCGGAAUGUCGUGCAGAAGCCUAACCCGAAAGCAGCCGCAACGGAACUUGAUAAGAUCACUGCUCUUCUGGCUAGCAUUGACUUUAUGAGAAUGUCUUUGGAUGAUUUUUACAAAGGCCCUGCUAAGUCAAAUCUGCUGUCAGAGUCGGCUAAAAUCGAGUUUAUGUAUAAACUGGCUAAAUCUAACAAUGGCAUCUACAACUACGGAUACUAAGCUUAAAAUGUAGUUCUAUUUCAAUAUUUUCUCUUUAAAAAAAAACGUGUAAAGCCAGUACAAAAGAAACCAAUAAAUAAGAUGAUUUAAGAGCAGGGAACACUACAA